AUAACAGUCCUGACACUGUACUGAGUACUAGGCAGGACAGUGACUUGGAGACUAGCGAGCUUCUCCUGCAAUUUAUAGUCUUUGAAUUUUCAAAUUUAAUUUUUUAUUACCAUCAAUUACUACCUGAGAGUAGAGUUAUAGGGAGAAGGGUUACCUGAUUUGUGUAACUCUUCAAAGAGUUGAACCAUGAAGCAGAAAGAGAAAAGAAAACAUUUGGAGAGCAUAGACUCACCCCAAGCUGCAAAGAAGUCAAGAGACGUACAGAAGUCUGAUCCACAACCUGAGAACUCUUUGGAAGAGAAGACCCUGGUCAAUGUGGCAAAAGAUCUAUCUUGUGAAUUAGAAGGGUACACCCACCGCUCCAGUUUGUGCAUGCCCUCUCAUGUUGAAUUCCAGACAUUUCAAGAGGAUGUGCCUGAGCCAUGUGAGGUUGUCGAGAUCCAAGCCUUUAGUCAGGCAUCAGGAGAGAGUGUCUCCGUCCCAGAUUAUGUCUCCUCUCCAAGUGAGCACACCAUCGCUAAUAAAGACGCAAUGCAUCAGUCUCAGCAGGAAGAUCUCUGUGUUCGCUCUUUUGAGAUGCCUUUACCUCAGGAUGUGGAACAGGAGACUUCUACCACCUGUCAUGAUAUCUGUUUUCAUGUCCAUUUAGCCAAUGAGCCCUGUACACUUGCAGCACAUAAGCGAAAGGAACGGCCCAUGAAAAUAUACUACAUGCACGUGCAAAGGAAAAGAGAGGCUGAUAUAGUUUGGGACACACAGGAAGGAUUGGUGCCUCCCAAGAAGAGGGCAAGAAUCCAAGAACUGACCUUUAUUGGGAAAAUCCCUUCAGAAGCUAACUACUCUUCUGAGUCUACACGGGAGAGCUUGACCAACAGUGAGUGCAGCUUUGACACAGAAGCCCAAGAAGAGGAUUUGGAGGCUGAUAGCCCAGCAGAGCCCCCAGAGCUGGAGGAGAGGCCCAGGGUGAAGACACCUGAGUGGCUGGCAUCCCCAGAAAGCGGCUUUAAAUGCAUGGCUUGCUGCCGCGUAUUCCCCAGCCUAGACAUCCUUCAGGAACACGUGAAGAAUGGGGUCAAAGAAGGCUUUAGCUGCCGCAUUUUUCAUCUGGCCUUUGCCUGGAUGAAGUCCAAAGGAUCAUAAAAGACAAAGAGAAGCAGAAAGAAGACAAUCAUGCAGAGUACACCUGGAUACAGUAAGCAGCAAUAUUUUUACAUGAGGAAAACAUCAAGCAAACAAGCAUAGCUUUUUCAGCCCUUGAAAAAGAAAACAAGCAGCAGUCCACUGAACUGAUACAGCUGCGUUCUCUCCAAGCAGCUGGAGGACCCACCUUUGAAUGCACACACUUACUACCUAGUGAUCAAGGAACCCUUUUAGAUGGUAACUGCUGAUCUCCACAGAAAGAAGGAGAAGGCAGACCUUACCCAUCAGACCAUCCAUAUGUCUUCACAGUAGCAGAGAGCAAUUCCAUGUCAUUACCACUCCAGUUGAGAGGAAAAUCACUCCCUGGAAGUAGAAACUGCUGUGGGCAGAACUUAAAACAGGCUCACUGGCCUCGAAUGAAGGUGACCAGCACACUAUGGCAUCCUAACUUCAUGACGACAAUCUUCACAACCUCAGAGAAUCAAGCCUGGGCUGGUCUACAGAUAGAUACAGCAGAUCCUCUGCCACUGCUCCCAAAUCAUUGGUAAAAAUGUGGUGCCAGUUGUGAAGACAAUAUCCAGCGAUGAGGAGCCUAGUAAUCCUGGAAACACCUCCUCCACCUCCUCCUGGGGAGGUCUCUUCCUGUCAACCCCCCUCUGGAGGCCAGGGGAUGUUGAAAACACCACUCGAUUGCCUUGUGGAGGAGAGAACACUGUAGGUAGAGAGACAUUUUAAGAUUCUGGGAAGCAAAGAGUCCAUGUAGAGCAGAUGACUGAUAACAACUUGGAAGAUGUUUAGGAAGGGGUUUGCCCAGUUGAAAAGGAACUUGGGAUAUCCAUGUUUCCCUUUCCAUGAGUCCUCUGCCUUCUCAAGGUUGUUUCUUUACUUUCUUGGACACUUCAACACCUGGCUCAUAAUCUCAUGCCCUUCCAUCUACUUAACGUUUAUCACUUCCCUUUCUCCCCUCACCCAAAUAUAGCAUCUAGGAAUAUGUGCUUGAUGCAGAAAGUAAAACAAUACAGAAUCUAUAUGGUGCAAAUUAUAAUAUCCUUUCUCUCUUUCACUGACCCCCACUUGUUCCCCCAGUGUUCUUUAACAACCAUUUGAUAUAUAUUUCUGCAUCAUUUUCUAAAAAUGAGCACCAAUCUUUUCCCCCACUCUCCCUAAUAUUGUCAUUACCUGCAUAGUAUCUGAUGGGAGGACACACUUGUUAUUGGAGGAAGGAAAUCAGGUACUUCCUAGAUGAACCCAAAAGCAUCAAAAAGCUACUCCUUGGUUCCUCUGAGCUAUACACAUGAAGGUGAACAAAUGCUUCUUCUACAGUCAUAAUGGGAAGGAUGGAACAUGUCAUAAAUCAUCUGAGACAACCAAAUCUAUGUGUAUGCAGGUGGCCCCGAAACCAUACUGCCAUUUGAGACUAAACAGCGUAGGGGUGCAAAAGCUAAAAUAUUUUGGAAAAUCUACUUUGCAUAUUUAGUUAUCUGCAUGUCAUUUAUACUUAUUCAGUGUUGUGCACUCCCAAAGAUUUUGUUUUGUUUGCCAUUCUUUGCCUGUACACAGAUAUAUGGUAGAACAGGAAUUAGAAUAGUUGAGCUGUCAACUAUUUAUGUUGUAGCUUUCACCCUUCCCAAAUUAAUAAAGCUUAAAAAUGCAUUAUGACAUUAGGGGCAUCUGCAUGUGUAUAUGCAUAUUUGGUUAUGUUGAAAUGAUUAAUCAUAUGUUCCAUCCAUUCUCAUGAAGAAUGUGUGAACCUGUAUAUGUAUAAACUCAUAGUAGACAAAAGGUGGACUGUAGUUGCUUUUGCUUUCACCUUCCUAGUGCAUUUUCCUUCUUCUUUAAUAAAAAUCCCUCCCUUCUCUCUCUGUACAUGGGCAACUGAGUCAUUGAAACAUUUGAGGUCCGUGCUUCUCCACUCGGCUUCUCUGACCUAUAGGUAAAUACCCAUGUGUGUUAGACCAAUGUCAAUUGAUAUUUGGAAAAUUAAAAAGAGAUUGAGGCUGUGGGGGUUUGCCUUGAAUUAUGUUUAGUCAGCAACUCUGAGGUCCAUGAUUAUCUUUUGCUGCACUUGGUUCAAUCCCUCUUUUUCAUAUUCCUGGCUGUUUUAACUGUUGCUUCAGUUUACUGAGUAUCCUCCUAAACAUCUGUCUGUAUUGUACCAACCUGUACCACAUCUUGAAAACUAAGAAGAGACAGAGAUUGUAGGGGUUGAAUUGGAAUCCAAGAUUCUCUGCCUCUGUACUUUCUCCAGUUUUUCUUUUUUGUAAAAUGUUUCAUUAUUUUAACUGUUAUUUCAAUUUACUUAACUUUCAAUAAAUUUUUGUUUUGUUUCCAUUA